AUGGCACCACACGAAGGACUCGUUCAUCCCAAAGAGUAUGACAUCAAAGAUAGCAACGUGGAGCUAAUCGGCUCCGACCUGGACCACCGCGUCAAAUACAACUCCGCAGCCACCGAGCCAGCCUGGAACAACAACCAGAUCGGCCAAGAAGCCGGCCUCUUCAUCUGGCGUAUCGAAAACUUCCAAGUCAUCCCCUGGCCCAAAGAAAAGUACGGCCAGUUCUUCGAUGGCGACAGCUUCAUCGUUCUACACUCAUACAAGCUGGGUGAUAAGCUCGGCCACGACAUCUUCUUCUGGCUAGGCAGCAAAACCACCCAAGAUGAAGCGGGCACUGCUGCUUACAAGACUGUGGAGCUAGACGAGUUCCUGCAUGGUGCGGCGACUCAGCAUCGUGAGGUGCAGGCGCAGCCUUCCGAUGAGUUCCUUGCUCUAUUCCGUCACUACGCUAUUCGGUCUGGCGGUGUACGCUCUGGAUUCACGCAUGUUGAGCCACAGGAGCGAGAGGAGGUUCUUACUCUUUUGCGGAUCUUUAAGCACCCUGGUAUUGCACGGAUUGAUUCUCUUAUUGUGCAUGAGGUUGAGCCUACGUGGAAGAGUCUUGACGAGAAUGAUGUCUUUGUCUUGGAUAAGGGUGAGAAGAUUUGGGUGUGGCAGGGAAAGAAGUGCAGUCCGAUGGAGAAGGCCAAGGCUGCGCAGGUGGUUAAUGAUAUGACCCUUGCGAAGCAUGUCGAUGUUGAGGUUCUGUCACAGCUCGAGUCAAGGUCGAAGCUCAUUGUUGAUUUGUUGGGUGGGAAGGAAGAAGCUGGAUCGACCCUGGAGGCGCCUCGUCCUGGUCGCUUUGCGAAGAGGGGCGGCGAGGAGACUAGCCGUCCUCGCAAGCUGUUCCGACUCAGCGAUGCAUCUGGAAAUCUGUCAUUCGAUCUUAUUAAGGAUGGGCAGCAGAUUAGCCGGUCUGAUUUCGAUGGCAAGGACGUUUUCCUCUACGAUGUCGGCAGCAGACUCUGGGUUUGGCAGGGCUCUGAAGCUAGUGCCAGCGAGAAGGCUCAGUGGCUCAAGGUUGCUCAAUUCUAUGUUCGCAAGAUCCAAGAGAGCCAACAGUCUGCCGAGGCCCAUCUCACGCCGAUUUCGAAGGUUUCACAGGGAUAUGAGAGUCCUGCAUUCCUCAAGGCCAUUGAAGCCUAA